AUGGACUUAUAUAAUAUUAAAUGUAAAAUGGAUGAAAACCAUAAGGAACCUUAUUUUCAAUAUAAAAGUCCUAACAGAUUUGAUAGUAACAAAAAAAAGACAAUUAAUAUAUCUGGAGAAUUAAAAAUGCAAAAGAUAAAUAGUAUAAAAAGAAAAAUUCCUUCCUAUAAUAAAGGAUAUGUUCUAGAAAAUAAAAAAAAAAUAUAUGUAUCUAAUUGUGCUUCUCCUGAUAUAUUUGAUAUAUCAACACAUUACGCUAAUGAAAAAAAAAGAAAAGAAAAACAACAAUGUUUAAAUAUUUUAAAUAAAAGUAAACAGACCAAAAAAACUGAACAUAAUAAUAAGAUGUGUAAUAUAAAAAAAGAACAUAUAGUAGACAAUACACCUUGCAAAUAUGCACAUAUAAAAAAUAAGAAUAAAGUAAAAUAUUAUAAAUACACAACGAAUGAAAUAUUAUUUAAAAUAAAAUAUUGUAAUGGAAAAAAAACAAAUCAUUACAAAGAUAAUUUGAAUAAAAUCCAUUCACAUAAUAAUAAAAAAGUUAAAAAUAAAUUGAAUAAUCAAACUUAUAAAUGUAAACAAACAAAUAUCAUAUCAGCACAUGUUCAUUCAAAUAAUAAUGUAAAAUUAGAAAAUUUUCAUCAUAAAUCAUCAACUAAAAAGAAAAAUUUAUAUAAUAAGGAAAACAUAUUAAAGAAGAAUGAAAAUGUACCUACCUGUUUUAUACCUAUAAAUAAAAAAUGUCCAAAAGAAAAUGAAAAAAUAUACAACAUGGAUGUAAUUAAAAAUUUUAAAUAUUUAGACACAAAAAUGAAAAAUUAUAUUAAUGAGCAAAUAAAAUACUAUGGUCAGAACUGGAGACCAGAAUAUAUUACUGAUUUAUAUUUUUUUAUUAAAAAGAAUUAUCACAAAAUAGAUUCAUCAGAUAAAUUCAAAAGAACUAAGGAAACUUCAUAUUGUCCCUACAAAUAUAAAAAUUCACAAAAUAAAGAAAAACAAAAACAUCAUAUGUUAAAUAAAGUUCUAUCGCCCAACUCAUGUAAUAAAAAUAAUGAUUAUUUAUUAACUAAAUAUUCUCUUGAAUUGUUAAAUCUUAUGGAUACAUUUAAUAUUAUAGAUGAAAAUUAUGACAAGAUAAAUACAGGAAAUAAUGUCCACCAAUUAUUAAAUAAAAAUAAUUUAAUAAAAAAAUUAAAUGAAUUCAAAUUAGAUGAAAGAAAAGAUAUUUUCCCAUUUUAUCAGGUUUAUACUUAUUUAAAAAAUCAACAACAUAUAUUUGAAAAAAUAUUAAAACAAAAAAAAAUAAAAUAUAAAAUAAAUCAUAAGAAAACAACAAACAAAGAAAACAAUGACAAUUUUCAUUGGAAGGAAUUAAUUCAAAUUGAAUUAAAAAUUAUAAGAUUUCUUAACAAUUUUCAACAAAUCAUUAAAAAAAAAAAUGAAGAACAAGAGCACAAUAAUAACCUUCCUAAUAUCAAAUAUUAUAAGAACAUACCUUCUAAUACAUGUAAACUCAUCAAAAUCGUAAAUGAAGUGACACGUAUAUUAAAGAUAAAACUAAACAAAUAG